AUGUCAUCAUCUUCAUCCGAUGGUCUAGACGAAAGAAUAGACGAACUUGUUGAUGAAAUCGUUGAAGAUUACUACAACGACAUAGUGGAGGACCAACCCGAUGAUGAGGCGAAUCGUGCUUAUAUUGAACAAGACCGUGAAGGAGGAGAUGAUCAGUUAUGGAAUGACUACUUCAGUGAAGACCCGACAUACUCGGCACAAAUAUUUAGAAGACGUUUCCGCAUGAAAAAGAAUUUAUUCCUGCGUAUUGUCAGAGCCCUCAAGCAGAACUUUAUAUUCUUUCAGCAGAGAAAAGAUGCAACCGGGAGGUGGGGUCUAUCAUCACUACAAAAGUGUACGGCGGCUAUUCGUCUGCUUGCUUAUGGUACAGCGGCUGACUCGGUUGACGAAUAUCUCCGACUUGCUGGCACCACAGAACACUCUUGUUUACAUCAUUUCACUGACGCAAUUAUACAGUUAUUUGGCGAUGAGUAUCUACGACGACCCACAAAGGAGGAUCUUCAACGACUACUCUAUAUUGGAGAGCAACGCGGUUUUCCAGGGAUGGUCGGGAGCAUUGACUGUACCUUAAACGAUAUUAAUGUCCUCGAUCGGUCUCCUGUUUUUGACGAUAUUUUAGAAGGUCGAGCUCCGAGGGUAAGGUACAUGGUCAACGGACACAUGUAUAAGUUGGCAUACUAUCUCACAGACGGUAUAUAUCCAAAAUGGUCAACAUUUAUCCAAUCUAUCACACUCCCUCAAUGUCCCAAACAAGCGUUAUUUGCUAAAUGGCAAGAAGCAGCCCGAAAAGAUGUCGAGCGGGCAUUUGGAGUAUUGCAAGCUCGGUUUGCGAUUGUGAAAAACCCGUGGGCGCUAGAUACAAAGAUCAGUCUAAGGUCAAAGGGACUUGGUGAUACUAUCAUCAAGGGCAACAAUGAGACCGAUAAGAAUCGAUAUGAUCACCAGAAAACCGUGUUACUUCCAAAGGCUAGAAACGACUGGAAGAAUCUCAGAUUCUUGGAUUAUAAGUCGGUGGAUGAGUACAAUUCAGUCUUUUUUAUGACGGUCUCGAUGCUGAGACUUUGUGGUGAAGUAGUAACCGAAGAAGAGUUACUUGAGAAGACUUACUCUACAUUCCAUUCAUCGAAUGUGAUACUGCAGUAG